AUGGUGUUCGACUACGGCAAGUGCGAUAACGGCACCCGGCCCAAGGUGUGGAGCUGGCUGGAGGAACCUCGACAGCAGCGCUGCCACGGCGGCCUCCCACUGCCGCCCACGAGCGCUGAACCCUGCGGCCUACUCGACCUGCAGACGUGUUCGCCUGGCGAGUACCUGCCGGCGGACAGCGCCGAGUGCCUGCCAUGUGCGCCGGGCCACUACAGCGUGGGCGCCGGCGUGAUCUACUCAGCGUGGGACCCACUGCCGUCCGUGUUCAACGCAUCAUGCGCUGAAUGCCCGGGCUGGAGCUCGCCGUCGGCAGGGGCGACGCUACGGAGCGGGGAGGGCACCUCGACCCUGAGCGCCCGGUUCAACUUCUUCGUGGAGGGCACGAUCGAAUUCUCCUACAAGGUGCAUUCAAGCUCGCCACGCAGCGUCUUCAAGUUCUUCAUCGACGCCGAGGAGGAGCUCUCGCUCAACUCCACAAGCUCUUUAUCAUGGGAGACUGUGGUCUUUCCCAUGGGUCACGGCACCCACGUGUUUCGAUGGACAUUCACCUCAGGCAGCACUACAACUCCCACGACUCGAGGAAACGCGGCGGAGCUGUCGUGGGUGAGGCUGUGGGGCACGGACUAUGCGGAGACGUGGUGCCGGUCCUGCCCUCUCGGCACGGCGGCGCAGCGGUUCGGAUCGACCGAGUGCUCGCGGUGCGGGCUCCACCACCACACCCUGCACGAGCAGUCGUCGGAAUGCGCGCCCUGCCCGGCCGAUGAAUACUCGCUCACCGGGCUCACCUGCACACCUCGGCCCAACUGCACGGCCGAGGACUACCUGGAGGUAGACGGCCCGUGCGUCGGCGGCAGGCGAGAGAGGACUCUCGCCCCGCUGCAGCCCCAGAUCUGCCUCGAUCGUGGCGCCGUCUUUGCCAAUACCACCGUGCUGCCGUUCAGACUGUGCCAGUGCGCGAGCGGGCAGUUCUACAGUGCGAGUACGUCGGCUUGCGAGGUGGCGCCGGCCGGGUACGCCGCGGUGAAGCUGCGGACGUACUUCUAUCCCGACCACCCGAGCCUGGACCCCGCUCAGCAGGCACUGCAGAUAUCGACCUCGGCCUGGGGCGAUGGCUGGAGCACCAACUGCAGCGCCGUCGGUGUAAAUAUCGGGAACGUGGAUUCAUAUGUCACGCUGAACCUCACUAUGGAGACGGAGGGACAGCUGAGCUUCGAGUACGCGGGCGAGGACACGACGCCCGUGGAGGAGGGGAACGGGCUGCUCCUGUUCGUGAACGGCGAGUUCACGGACUUGCCCUACGUCAGCCACUCCUCCGCGGACGCCACCGCCGCUACCACCACCACCACCACUAAGGAGGCCUGGCAGUGGCGCGCCUAUUCGCGGUUCCUCCCGGCCGGCGAGUUGCUGCUCGUGUGGAGCUAUCACCAGGACAACGGGACUGCCGGAGCCAGCCGAGCGAUGGUGAGACGGAUUCAGAUACUGGGCGCGAGCAGCGGGGGAGGGGUCGACUGGAGCCUCAAGACGUGCGGCGAGGGAACGUUUAGUGCGUCGCCCGGCAGCACCGGCUGCCAGCCCUGUCCGCCCGGCCAUGCCAACCCCAACCUGGAGCCCUCCCUCUCGUGUGAGCCGUGCGAGGCGGGCCACUUUGCGCAGGCGGGAAGCAAGGCGUGCCUGCCGUGCGGACAGGGCACGGUGAGCCGUACGGGCGCCGCCUACUGCUCGGCGCCCGACCACUGCACCUUCACCGCGGUGCCCUCCGGCAGCCAGUACCGCCUCGGCGCCCUCCAGCACAGGGGAGGCGUUGGGCCGCUGGCGGAGGCGAACGAGAAGACGGAGGUGCUGAUGUCGCUGUGUGAGCCCCUGACGGACAACGUGUGCCGGGAGAGCUCCGGCCGCUACAUCCACCCGUAUGUGUGCGAGCGCGAGCGAUCGGGCCUGGGCAAUGGCAGCGACGCCGGGAGCGUGCUGGCCUUCGAGGAGCUGGCCGUCGGCAGCUUCCGGCUGGUCUUCACGCCCCAGAGCCAAUCGAUCGUCGACGCCACCUGCCCCGAUGGCCUGCCGCCGUCCACGAUCAUCAAUUUCCAAUGUGGCGCCAAGGAGCACGGUCGAGGAGCGCCCGUGCGGAUGAGCGCUGCGGAGGACGCGCUGGCCGACUGUCAUCGGAUGUACAAGUGGCUCAGCAUCUACGCCUGCCACCUCUGCGAUGCCGAUGACUACCGCAAGGUGGUGGGCUUAUGCGACGAGGGGAAGCGGCUGACGACGUGGGUGCCCCUCGACGACCGAAGCUGCUUCGAGACCAACCCCAAGCCCUUCACCGACAUCCUCGACAACUGCGUGGAGGAAAUCCGGUUUCCGGCCUACACGCUGGCGCUGGUGAGCGUGGGCGGUGCGGUGCUGCUGGCCGUGAUGGCGCUGGUGAGCGUGCGCAACCGCAUGCUCCAGCGGCGGUACGACCUCAUCGCCGGCUCUGUCAAGGCCGCCAACGACAACGAGAUCGAGAUGCAGUUCGCGAGCACCGACCAGAUGCUCGCGCCCGAGGACUUUGACCGCCUCUACAAGCGUGAGUGA